AUGUCUUUCUUCGGCAAACUCAAGGGAAACGCAACACCAGCGNAGUCCGAACAGAAGCACAUUGCUGAUCUGGGUGGCCCUGUACGGCCGGAUGGUAGCGACAAGUUCUUUGGCUUCGAAAAUGUACUACGGAAGCACAUGGUACGCGUCUACUUCAGAGAGCCCGAAGUGAUGGUCGCUAAUCUCUGCGCAACAGCNUAUGCCAACUCGAUCAUACAGUGUCUAUACUACUCGACAACCUUUCGCGAAAAUGUCCUCAACUUCCCUCCGUUGCCCCCCUCGCCCGAGCAAACCGAUUCGGAUGCAGACCGGAGUAUGAGUCUCCAGAACGGUCUGCCGGCUCCUGGAAACCACCUUCUGACUGCUGCCACAAACAACCUCACAUCUAGCUCGCCUGCCAGGAGGCCCAUCAUUCUGCCAAACACGCCUGAAGCCCAAGCCACCAAGCCCGAUGAUAAGGAUUCUCCGGACUAUAAGAAAAAGGUGGCCAUGAGGUCGGGUCCUAUCUUGGAAAUGCAGAUGAGCAACUCCAACGCAUACGGAAUGUCUGAAUCGCUCUUCACUUCGCUAAAGGACAUUUUCGAGUCUAUCAUCGGCCACCAGUCGCGCACUGGAAUCAUCAGUCCUCUCAAGUUUCUCGAGAUUCUAAGAAAGGAGAAUGAGAUGUUUCGUUCUGCCAUGCAUCAAGACGCUCAUGAGUUCUUGAAUCUGCUGCUGAACCAGGUCGUCGACAACGUAGAGAUAUACUCGAAGAUGCUGCCGGCUAUCAACGGCACACUCAACGGCAACGGCAGUGCAGAACCAAGCAUGGCAGGCGCAAUGUCUGCAAUGGCAAAAGCGCACAAUGCAGCUGGCAUGAGCGGCGCUGGCUGGGUGCAUGAUUUGUUCGAGGGUCUCCUCACUUCAGAAACACGUUGCCUCAGCUGCGAAAACACAUCACAAAGAGAUGAGGCUUUUAUGGAUCUAUCUGUCGAUCUGGAAGCGCACUCUUCAGUAACGGCAUGUCUGCGGAAGUUUUCCGAAGAGGAGAUGUUGUGCGAACGGAACAAGUUCCAUUGCGACAACUGUGGCGGCUUGCAGGAAGCUGAAAAGAGGAUGAAGAUCAAACGACUACCACGCAUUCUGGCACUACACCUAAAACGUUUCAAAUACACCGAGGACCUCCAGAGACUCCANAAGCUUUUUCAUCGAGUUGUAUACCCCUAUCACUUGCGAUUAUUUAAUACCACCGACGACGCAGAAGACCCGGACCGACUGUACGAACUUUACGCUGUCGUUGUCCACAUAGGAGGUGGACCCUAUCAUGGACACUAUGUCUCUAUAAUUAAGACUCAAGACCGUGGGUGGCUCAUGUUUGACGACGAGUUGGUCGAGCCUGUUGAUAAGAGCUUCGUGCGAAACUUCUUUGGUGGUGAGCCGAAGCCUGGCGUGCAAGACGCCAGACAACUUGCUUGUGCUUAUGUGCUGUUUUACCAAGAGACAACAGUGGAAGCCGUGCAACGAGAACAGGAGGCCGAGGCCAGACAGGCUGCCGCUGCUGCUAGCAUGCCAAACAGAGACUCGGUCUCGAGAGAGACACAGGGCGGCUUGAUGAUCAACGGUCUCCGCAAUACACAUACAAUGCAGUCACCGAUUGAGGAGGAGCCCAGUGCCUUCGCAAAUCUUGCUCACGCUUCUACCGCUCCAGCUCUAUCACAGCAACGCUCAACCUUCAGUGCCAUGUCGACAUCACCUUUCCUCGGCUCUGGUUUCGGGUCUAUGGAUAAGAAGGCGGCGAAACAAGCGGAAAAAGAGCGCAAAGCGCAAGAGAAAGAAGCUCGCAAGCUCGCAGACGCAAAGAGAAAAGAGGCAGCCGAGGCGACGAGGAACGCUUGGAAGAAGCAAAAUGAGGACUACCUUGCUGCCAUUGAGCUCAGCAAGCAAACGGCUGCUGAAGAGGCCACUCGCGCAGGAAAUGCUGCUCCUGACAUGUCAACACCGAUAGCGACCCCAGCAGCACCGGCAACAGAUGGAAAAGAUCGACCAGGCCUCAGCAGAUUCAGACACAGCUCGAUGAGUCUACGUCAGAAACCAAAGUUCUGGACAUCAGGCAAAGAGAAGGAACCUGGAAGCCCAAUGCCAACACAGGCCGAGGAAGCCACCAAUACAACAGGUGGGGAGAAGGACGUCAAGAAGAACCGUUUUAGUCUGGGCAGAAAGAAGUCGACGGUCAUGUGA